GGGGAAAAACAAAACAAGAAAAAUACGAUUAUCUGCAAAUGAGUAAUUUCCUUUGUUUUCAGAUUACCAUUAAAGAUUUUAAUUUUAUUUUGCUUUGUUAAAAAUAAAACAACCGCCCAUCACCAUUCAUCAAAACAUUAUCAAGUUUAACAAGUUGCAUUAAUUCUAAAUACUCAAAAUGUCUGCCGAACUUGACCAAGAAUGGGAGGAAUACAAAAUCAAAUUUAACAAAGAAUACAAAGACCAAGAGGAAGAGCAGCAACGCCGAAAGUUGUACAUGGAAAACAAAGUCCGAAUUGCGGAGCACAACAAACGUUUCGCUGCUGGAGAAGUGACUUUUUCAAUGGGAAUCAAUGCGUUUGCUGAUAAAGCGCCAGGAGAACAUCCUUGCGGUGGUCGUUUUCCUCCGAAAACCCAAUGAAAAGGACGCAAUGAAGAAAUCUCAAAACUUUUAAUUAAUUAUGACAAAAUAACUCUUUUCUAUUCCAAUCAAAUUUUGUAUACUGUCUUGUUGCAUUUUAAUUUAAUGUCGUCUUAUUAAAUGUGUUUGUUAUUAUAAAAA